AUGGCCGCUGAUUUCGCGCAUAAUUUUACGGAUGGCCUGGCAAUCGGUGCAUCAUAUCUUGCCGGCACAACUGUUGGCGUUGUCACUAUGAUUACGGUGCUUGUGCACGAAGUGCCACAUGAGAUUGGUGAUUUCGCUAUACUUGUUCAGUCCGGGUUCUCCAAGAAUAAGACCAAAGCACCAUUACCUUAA